AUGGCGAUCUCUUCCUUCCUCUCUCCAAAAUUACCUUUUUACCCUUCGACCAAACUCGUUCCUAGUCGACUCACUCUCUCGUCCUCCUCUUCCGUUUGCUGCCUCUCAGUAGACCGUUCCUCCUCCGUCUCCGCCGCAAACAACUCCGAAAUCUCCGGUUUACGAGUCGUGAUAACCGCCGGAGGCACCGCCGGACACAUCUCUCCGGCGUUAGCGAUCGGAGACGAGCUGAAAUCAGCCGACCCAUUGGCUCAAAUCCUCUUCAUCGGAUUCCCAAACAGUAUGGAAAGCACGACGGUACCAUCCGCCGGAUUCGAUUUCUCCGCCAUCUCCACAGUCGGAUCAUCAUCGUCACGACCAUUCCUCUACCUAAACUCCUUCCUCCAAUUCCCUCUCCGACUAGUCCAAUCAACAAUCGAAUCAUACAAAAUCCUCCAAGAAUUCAAACCUCAAAUCGUCGUCGGAACCGGAGGACACGCUUCUUUUCCGGUCUGCUUCGCCGCCGUGAUCUUGAGGCUUAAACUCGUGAUCCAAGAACAAGACUCGAUCCCUGGAACUACUAAUUGGAUUCUCUCCUUCUUCGCCGACACAAUCUUCGCUCCGUUUAACAAUACAGUCACUAAUCUCCCAAAAAGAGUCGCCGGAAAAUGCAUCGUUUAUGGGAAUCCGAUAAGGCAAGUGCUUAGACGGUAUUCGUCGAAAGGAGCGGCUCGUGUUAGCUUUUUCGGACAGUGGGCAGGAGCUGUGUCGGAAGCAAAAGUUGUGCUUGUGCUUGGUGGGUCUUUAGGAGCAAACGCCAUUAACAUGACUUUGCUUCACUGUUACUCGGAGAUGUUGUCUGAACAUGAGAACUGGUUCUUCGUUUGGCAAACUGGAAUUGAAGCUUUUGAUGAAAUGGAUAGUCUCGUUAAAAGCCAUCCUCGUCUCUUUCUAUCUCCGUUCUUGCGAUCGAUAGGUGUGGCUUACGCGUCUGCGGAUUUGGUUAUCUCGAGAGCCGGUGCGAUGACUUGCUCAGAGAUUUUGGCUUUAGGCAAACCUUCUAUCCUGAUACCAUCACCGCAUAGCGAUGAAGGAGAUCAAAUUAGGAAUGCCUCUUUAAUGGCGGAUAUUGUUGGAUCAAAGUUGAUUACAGAGGAGGAGCUAGAUACGAUUACUCUUCGAGCUGCAAUGGAAGAUAUUCUAGGGAAUGAAGAACUGAUGGCGGAAAUGAGCGAGCGGGCAUUCAAAGCUGCGAAACCUGAUGCUGGAUUAGAUGUCGCUAACCAUAUUAUUUCUAUUGUCAAAUCCGAAGAUAAGUAG